AUGUUCUCGUCAUUCGGAAACACACAGAACGCGUCAGGCAAUAAUACCUUCGGGAAUUCAGGCCAGCCGCCUCAACAACAACAGAACAGCGCAUCAAAUACCGGUGGCAGCUUGUUUGGAGGGCUUGGGUCGUCGACGAACAUGACACAGCCAGCAGCUGGUGGGUCAUCUUUAUUCGGCAACACAAACCAGCAGGCUCCUACCGCUGGAAGCAAUUCGCUGUUUGGAAACACUGCGACGAACACUACGGCGUCAUCUCAACCAGGUGGUAGCUUGUUUGGGAACACUGGUAACCAGGGUGGCGGCAGCCUCUUCGGUGGCACACAGUCCAACAACCAGCUUGCACCCAGUGGACUCUUUGGGACCUCGGGAACCACCAACACUCCUGCUGGGAAUUCUCUUUUUGGUUCCAACACGGGAAACACAAAUACUGCCGCCGGUGGCUUGUUUGGUAAUACUGGAAAUACUGGUACUUCUGGAGGAUCGUUUGGCAACGCUGCUAGCGGGAAUCCGGGCACAACUGGGACAGGGCUUUUUGGAAAUACAACUGGUGCAAAUAAUACGAACGCGACCGGAGGAGGGCUUUUUGGAAACUCGACUGCGGGGAGCAACACCGGUACAGCAGGUGGUGGUAUAUUUGGAAAUCCAGGAGGGACUGGGGCUGGCUCAACAGGUGGGAGUUUGUUCGGGAACACCUCUGCUACGAACACGACGGGUGGGAGUCUGUUCGGUAAUACCGCAGGAGGAACAGGCACAAACCCAGUUGGAGGCGGACUUUUCGGCGCUGCAGGUGGUGCUAACGCGAACGCCUCUGGAGGCGGACUCUUUGGAACGUCAACGAAUUCUGGGACGCCAAGCGGCGGGCUUUUCGGCAGCACAACAAAUCCUCCUACAACAGGAGGAGGCCUGUUUGCCAAUUCUGCGAAUGCUCCUUCUACGUCUGCUAGUGGCGGCCUUUUCGGUACACAGUCCCAAGCAGGCAUGAGCACUAAUCCUUCGUCGUUAUUUGGUGGAUCGACCCUCGGCCAGCCUCCGCGCCAGGGAUUAUUUGGGACUAGCACCUUAGGUGGGCCUACUUUGCUAGGCUCUACUGCAGGCAACUUGCUCUCUUCGCGAGCUAUCUCCAGCCCAGGUCAACAUCAACCGGAUGCAUUAACCCAGUUCAUGUCUCUGACCCAACGGAUCGAGAGCAUUGCCCAAGCCUGGAAUCCCAACGCCUCGCAAUGUCGAUUCCAGCAUUUUUUCUAUAAUUUGGUGGACCCUAGUCAGGUUCAUCUCUAUGGCCGACCCCCGAAUGCCACAAGUGACGCUCUCUGGCAGAAAGCUGUUCGCGAAAAUCCUGAUCCUAGCUGCCUUGUUCCAGUGCUUGCUACAGGAUUUGAUGAUUUACAAAAGAGGGUUGAGGCACAAUCAGAACAAGCAGCCGCUCAUGAACAGAAGCUAAAGGAAUUACAAACAAAAAUUGCCGCGCUUGCCCAGAGACAUAAAGUCUCGAACGUGACCCGUUUACACCGUGCCACGGCAUUGCAAACGCAGCUAACUCAUCGGGUGCUCAAAGUGGUGCAGCACCUGCAUCUCCUCAUACCUGCAGUGCGAUCGUCUGCGAUUAGACCUGAAGAAGAGGUUUUACGAGCAGCAUUGGAGGAUAUUGACCAGGAAGUCCGGAGGCCAGGGGGCAUAGGAAGAAUGAGGGGUAAGCUAAACGAGCUGUGGGCGCUCGUGGGCGCGGUGACCGCUGCUCGAGAAAGAGACCGGAAAACAGCAGGGACAGAAUGGAUGGUUGUGGAUGAGGAAGGUCUUAGCCAACUUGCUCAGGUGCUCGCAACCGAGCAAGCUGGCCUCGCACACUUGACGAAAAUAUUGCAAACAAAUCUGAAGGACUUGGCGGUGAUUCAAGGAACGAACCCCAUACCAUAUAAGAAGGCGCGUCCGACACACGAGAAGCACUUCGCAACACAGUCCUAUCGGCUUGCCACAGGCGGAGAGGAUAAUCAUAUCAGGCUAUGGAUGGUUCACCCGAACAUCCUUCCUCAAUCAGUGGUAGGCUCCGCCACCGAAACGCCUACUCCUCGUCCCCCGCGCGUCGAAUAUCUCGCCACACUCAGCAGACACUCCGCCGCAGUAAACGUCGUACGCUUCAGUCCUAACGGCGAGCUAAUCGCGUCUGCUGGAGAUGAUGGAAUGAUUAUUAUCUGGUCUCCUACGACGAGUCCCCAUGCUAGCAGUUACGGCAGUGAUCUCAGUCCGGAGGACCUGCAGUAUGAGAAGGAACAUUGGAAGCCGCGGACGUCAUUUCGUUGCACCACAAUGCAGGUGUAUGACCUUGCUUGGAGCCCGACAGGCGAGUAUAUUAUUGCCGGAAGCACUGACAACUGCGCAAGGAUCUUCACUGCCAACGAAGGCAAGUGCGUCCAUGAGAUAGCGGAGCAUAACCACUAUGUUCAAGGCGUGGCAUGGGAUCCAUUGAACGAAUAUAUUGCCACUCAAAGCAGCGAUCGAUCAAUGCAUGUUUACAGCAUCUCACAGCAGGAUGGCAUACUAGAAGUACACGCUGUUGGAAGGAACUCACGUAUGGUGCACCGGCAUAGUCGUACGCCAAGCUCGCGCAGUCGUCCAAGGAUGUUCAGACGAGAGUCAACUGCCAGUGAGACCGAGUCCGUUAUCACAAGCGCCAGCGAGCAGCUCAAGGAGGAAGAAGUCGCUACCGGCUCUGGUUAUCAGCACGGUGGUGGCAUGUUGCUUACGCCUACCGCCUCAGUUCCUAGUACGCCGUCCACCAGCAUGUUCCCUCCCCCUUCCCGUCGGUCGUCCUUCAGUGGGUCCAACGCGGCUAACUCACCAAACGUGCACGGGCGGUUUGGUCGCUCGCCGUCGCCAAUGCCGGCUCUACCUGCCAUCCGCACGCAAUCUGCUGCUGCCUCGAGCUGGGCAUCUGUUAAAUUGUAUGGAGACGAGAGCUAUAGUAACUUUUUUAGGCGCCUCACGUUCAGCCCUGACGGCGGACUACUUCUUACACCUGCUGGCCAGUUUGAGGAUCCGUCUAUCAUUCCAGGUCCUUCCAAAACUGCAAAUAAUGGCAAAGGAGAGGAGCAACCCACUCGUGGACGAAAGGGAAACCCCACCAGCAACUCGGAGUCGUCCAACCAGGCUGCGUCGUCAGUAUAUAUCUACUCUCGCGCCAACUUUGCGCGCCCACCUAUUGCGCGUCUUCCGGGUCACAAGAAGGCGAGCGUAGCAGUCAAAUUCUCACCCAUUUUGUAUGAACCACGCCCUGGCGUCUUCGGUUUAGAAUAUCCCGAGGAGCCCAAGACGGUGGUCAUUGAGAAGGGCAAAGAAGAAUCGAUCAACGUAGACAUUGCUCCGCCUACGCCCCAGAUUCCAUACGCUGAGCCACUGAAACUAUCCCCCAUGAACAGUGCCUCAACGUCUUCGAUUGCGGCACCUUCUCCACGUGUUGCCAUACCUACGACUCCCCAGGGUGCUAUGAUGCCUUCCCCCGCAUUAUCGGCGACGGAUUCGCUUAGGCCACCCACUCCUAUGGCCUCAAGAGGUGGAACUCCUGCCAUUGCGCCUACGCCGACCGCAUCUAUAUUUUCGUUGUCAUAUCGCAUGCUUUACGCGGUUGCGACGAUGGAUACAGUUGCCAUCUACGAUUCACAACAAGCAGGCCCACAGACUCUUCAGCUGCAGUCUAUUGCUCAUCAUCAUUCUCUCCCGCUCACGAGCACCUCAACCGUGCCUACCCCGAUGUCGACCCCGUCCGUUCAAACCAUAGGCUUACCAAUCAUGUCCCCUGUUGUCUCUGGAAAGCGAAAAGCGGAUGUGAUCGAGACCCCCCUUACGCCCGCCCCUAGUAUGGAUGAGAGCGUGCUUGGUACACGAUCCGUGGGUGAAGAUCCUGGCGACGCGGAGGCGCAAGGACCACCUAAGAAAAAGAGGCGUGCAGCACUUACCCAUAUUGGGGACGUUGGAUCGUGA